UUAAGUGAAUCAAUAAUCUCUGACCAAGAAGAUAUUUGGGUCAUAAUUCAUGGAACCUAAUUAUCCGAAGGCAGCACCUUCAGAGGCACACUCUGAAACGAUGGAUUUUCUUUCUCGUGAAUGGUGUAACUUUGCACUUCAAGCUCUUCAACCACCUGAAUUACACGAUCGAUCAAUCGUUCUUCUUGAUAAUACAAUCAAGAAUCUCGAGAAGGAAACAGGAACAGUGCCUUUUACGAAGAUGGAGAAGAGUGUAAAGAUGGAUGAUGCAGAGUUCAAGUCAAUACCGCCAUGGAAAUCCAAUGAUGUGAAGUCAUGGAUAUGGAUGCAGCAAGCCAUGCAUCCAGAGCUAAACUACACCAGCUGCUUCAGGAAGAAAUGGCAGGUGCCAUGGAAGAACAUGGUGCCAUUCAAGGGUGUGUCGCUAAAAAAAUGGUUGAAAGAGAUAAAGUCGAAGAGAAAGGAAGAAGUGAGAUUACAAAGAGCUGAGGUUCACGCGGCGGUGUCCGUGGCGGGAGUAGCAGCUGCACUGGCUGCAAUUGCAGCUGAGAGCCUGAAAAAGAAUAAGCCCAAGUCGGAUGAUGCAACGAAGGAAGCCGCGGUGGCUUCAGCUGCCGCCUUGGUUGCGGCACAGUGUGCGCAAGUAGCAGAAGCAAUGGGGGCAAAGAAAGAGCAAAUUAGCAGCAUCAUGAGCUCAGCCACGAGCGGUACAAGCGCAAGUGAUAUUUUAACACUUACAGCUGCUGCAACAACAUCAUUAAAAGGAGCUGCUACUCUGAAAGCAAGAUCAGGAUGCAAGAACAGAUUAAAUGGGACGGCCCCAGUGCUGCCAAUUGAAGAUGCCAGUGAUUUGCCAAUGGAAUUUGAGAAGAGCAGAUUGCUUUUAGCCAAAGGAGCUGAGCUUGGUGUUGAAACCCCAGAUGCAAAGUAUAAGGUUAGAUCAGUGUCAGUCGUCUUGAACAAUGAAGCCCAGGUUAUUCUUAAAGUGAGGAAGCUGAAUCUGUUGAAAAGCAAGAAAGAGAGUGUUGUAUUAGACGUGCAUACAGAACUAUACAGAGAAUCAGAAUGCGAUGAGGAAGAAGUUAAUACUUGUUAUCUUCUUGUAUUGAGGACAAAUUUGGGAAGCAUUAAGCUGGACAUGACAGAUGAUUAUCAGCGCUACAAGACAUGGGCCAGUACCAUUAAUCAUAUGCUCAUGAUCUCUACUUGUUUUACAAAGUAUCAACUUCAGUUCUACAAAAACUGAACCCAUUACUACUAUCUCCACUUUCAUGUAUGAUUGUUUUUUUUUUUUUUUUUUAAACAUAUUUUGUGUAAUUAUAUAUAUAGAUAUGUGAACAUAGUUGUUGGAGUUUGA